AUGUUGAAGGAUGAUGGAGAUAGCUGGGUGACAGAUGGACAAGAGCUCGAGAACUUUGCCAUUGGUUACUAUAAACGCUUAUACUCGCUCGAUGACGUGGAGGAGAACGUGGAGAAGCUCUCGCCGGAGGGUUUUACUACGCUUACGCACGAGGAGAUUACCGACCAUAACAAAGACAAUGGUGAACCGUCUCAAGGUGAUCGCGAAGCUGAUUGGACCAACCCAAGCAAGUUUCAUUCUGGGCCGGCUAAGCACGGACAACAUAGUGGUACUGCAAGAAGCGGUACACUCCAUGAGACGAAAAAAGGUAUGAGGGGAUGGAUGUUGCUGAAGCUUGAUCUGGGAUAG